CGCGUCAACAUACCCCAUACCCCACCGCAUUGCCAUCUUGUGUUUUAUUUUAAAAGUGUUGAGUUCAUUACGUUAGGUGUUCUGUAGUUCUGUUAAAUCGUGAUAUUCGUGAUUCAAAGGGUGAAAGUAUAGCUUUCAAAAUUAUUUAAUAAAUUAAGCAGAGUUAUCGAGUUUUACCGUUAAUUAAGUUUCAAUAUCCGUUAUUAAUAUGCCUAAAAACAAGAAACGUAGUUCCUCGUCUUCAGAUUCAGAUUCCGGCCCUGAUGAUAGAAAUCCUCCAGCCAAAAAACUUGCAGCCGCUCCGUCUAAGAAAAAGACAAAAGAUGAAGACGAAGGUUUUCAUUUAGGAAAUAAUCGUUUUGUGAAAGUACGAGAAUUUCGUGGCAAAGUGAUGGUCGAUAUUCGCGAAUUUUACGAGAAGGACGGUGAAUUGUUGCCAGGAAAGAAAGGUAUUGCUUUGUCUGCUACUCAGUGGAAAAAGUUCAAAGAUAUGGUGAAUGAUAUUGAUGAAAAGUUGACUGAAGUAGCGUGAAUAAUGUCGUGUUCCUGUUUCUCAAAGAAUUUCGUUUGUGUUGUAUGAAUAAUGUCCAAUUUGUAAGGAAAUUGUUUUCGUGUAUCGCGUACUGUUCGGUUAAUUUAAUUAUAUUUUUCGUAAUAAAUUUCGUUUAACGUA